CCUCGGGAGCUCGAUGGGGAUCUCUGUCGGUGGCAUUGUAGAUUAUUGAUCUGCUGCCCGCAUGCCAUGAGCAAGCACAUGGACCCUUUAGAGAUUGCAUUAUAAGUGUCCUUUGAGAACCACGACAGAACUCCUCAGAUUUGUUUCAAUCUGCUAUGUGAGCUGCACUAUCCAACAUCGUUCUCGUUUGUCAUCUACUCGUCUUUCACCUCUUUUUUUCUCGUUGUUCUUCCCAUAUUAGACAUAGAUCUAGAGCUAUGUCAUUCCUAGACGACAGCAUGUAUCCACGCAACGAGCUGGCCUCGCCACCACUCGCUCAGCCGCUCCGAAAGCCGAGCCUUGUGCCUUCAGUUGAAGACCGCGAAGAGGAUUUCGAGCCAUUCGCUCGCUCAACCUCAGGCCUCAGUGGCCAUUCCUCAGGCCUCAGUGCCCAUUCGUCCACAGCGACGAUCCGCCGGAAACACGAGUCAUACAACCUGUCCGGCAGCAUUUUCCUUGUGACAGCCUCCGGCAAAACACUUAACCUCCCUGUACCUUCAGAUAGUCCAAAUGAUCCUCUGAACUGGAGUCGCUGGAAGACGGCUGGUGCCAUCGCUGCAAUAGCAUGGUACUCUAUCGUUUCACUUACCGUGGUGCAAGCGGCGAGUAUGGUAUACCAUGGCAUCUUAGUCGAGUUUGAAAAUCAGAAUCUAUAUCCAUGGACGAUGGAGACGCUUUCGACAGCUCCUACUCUGUUCAUGGGGUUCGGUGCAUUGCUUUGGGUGCCACUGUCCCUAGGCAUGGGACGACGUCCGGUAUUCCUAAUUGCGUCGUUGAUGAUGUCGCUCGCGACGAUUGGUGCUGGCCACUCUGCGAAUUUCUCCCAGCUUCUUACCUGCUUAUGCUUCCUUGGUUUGGGCGAGGGUUUCUCGCUGACAUGCGCCCUCCUCCUGAUGAUAGAGAUGACCUUCAUUCACCAACGUCCCAGAGCCAUUGCUCUUCUCUGGUCGCUUGCUGGAUUCGCAGGCACCGCCGGGUUGGCGCUGGUCCCGUACAUCUCAUCGCACGGAGAGGACUGGCGUCAGUUCUACCACUACUGGUCCAUUCCCAUGCUCAUUUCCUUUAUUCUCAUUUUUUUCCUGUUUCCCGAGACCUACUUCAAACGGCCUACGGUAGCCUUCGAUGGACUGAUCUUGUUGCAAACUGCCACUGAGAAGCUCACGGUGUACAAAGACGAGGAUGCCGACUCGAACAUCUACCGCGAUCUUCCCGAUCUGCCUUGCGGGCCGCGCACGGGAUUCAACGGUAUUCGCGACCGUCUUGGACUGUGCAGAUCACCGUUCGCGUCAUGGACCGCUGUGUGGCACUGUUACUACCAGAUGGCAUUCUGCGCUGUCAACCCACUCAUUGCCUGGGUUUUCAUUGCGUCGUCUUUCAAUUUUGCUGGCAUGCUUUUCAUUGGCGCUACCUACGCUCAGAUCUUACGAGCUCCACCUUACAGUCUGUCCUCAUCACUGAUUGUGAACGUCAACAUCUGCUCUGGUAUUGGCGCUCUCUUUGCUUUCCCGCUGGGUGGCAUGCUUAUUUCCAAGAUUCUCAGUCGUCUUGCCAGACGCAACAAAGGCGUGCGCGAGGCUGAGCAUUUUUUGAUUGCCUAUAUUCUCCCUGUCCUCACUGGCGCUCUAAGCACCUUCAUCUACGGCUUUGCUGUUCAACGCAAACUUCACUUUGCUUUCUUUUAUCUCGCAUACGGACUCAAUGGCUUCUCUUGGACGACUCUGUCUAUCAGCAACACCAUGUGGGUCACUGAAGCCUUUCCACGGUGGGCUGCUCCGGCAAUUAGUGUCUUGGGUGGUGGCUGCUAUAUCCUCAGCUUCGCGAUGAGCUUCGCGUUAGUACCGUGGAUUUCGGCUCAUGGAUACAAGCUGGUAGGUAUUGAACUUGCGGCGCUCCAAAUUCUAGGGGGGUUGGUUGCCGUACCAAUCGCAUUUUGGGGCAAGAAUGCUCGGCAGGCUAUUCAUGGCAAGUGGGCUGAUGAACGAGCUGGUGCGCUCCGGCCUUUGUAGAGCAUGGAUUGAUUGGGUUCGGUCUUGUAUAUUUCAAAAGUAUUCUAUGAUAUCACUUCACGUUUGGUCUUCAACCCUUC